AUGACUGCAGCAAGAAAUACAGCGGGGCUGAGGGGCUUAUGAGCGAUGGAACAGUCUCUGUGUGCCGAAAUAUCAACGUUUGGGCUUUUCUGACGAGGAUUCAAGAAAGGCAUUGAAACCGAAAAUGAUCAGCGUCUCCUAACUGGACCAGACAAUGGAAGUAGCUUCAUGCAGCGCUAACAUUUCACCCCUGGGAAACGAGAACGCACUAAAUCAGACUACCUCAGCCAGAGGUAGCUAAAACUGUCGCGUGGCUCGUAAAAGCGGCACGUUUGUUCAUAGGGACGCGCGUGAAAGGGAGCGCGGACCAAAAAUAACCAACGCGACUGUAUAUAUUUCCAGUGACUUUGGAGACAUCCCGGCGCUCUGAGGAGAUAUUGUGCAUAGUUUCGGUUGUUUUAAAUCUUUGCGAUGGAGCGUCUUUGAAUAUUGGCGACUGCGCACGUAAUGCUGCUAUGGAUCGUCCGGAAUGAACAUCUCAAUUGGUCUCAUCGAGUUGUUUUUCACAGCGCUGCUUCCACCUGAAAUUCCGCAGCUCCGCUUCACCUGCACAGCCGCUGUCGGGAAGAUGACCAGCUCCUUGUCUGUAUGCUCCUGAGAUGUGUUUGGCCUUCCUGGGAAUCUGAAACGAGCAAAGGACGAAUUGUUCACCUCAGAAGUGAGAGAAGAAGGAAUUGUAGCGUGCACUGAGCUGUAGCGAACUACAUCCGUCCUCUCAUCUCCAACCUGACACGAUGUUCGCACUCGGGAUUUAUUUGUGGGAAACUAUUGUAUUUUUCAGCUUGGCAGCGUCCCAACAAGCAGCGGCUCGGAAAGCUGCCACCCCAAUGCCCCCGUCAGAAUUCCUGGACAAGCUUAUGGGAAAAGUGUCCGGUUAUGAUGCAAGAAUCAGACCUAAUUUCAAAGACCCACAAGGCUCCAAAUCGGAUGGUACUCACAAGAAAGGUCCACCUGUGAACGUAACAUGCAACAUUUUUAUUAACAGUUUUGGAUCUAUUGCGGAAACAACAAUGGAUUACAGAGUGAACAUUUUCCUGAGACAGCAGUGGAACGACCCUCGGCUGGCCUACAGCGAGUAUCCCGAUGACUCCCUUGACCUUGAUCCCUCCAUGUUGGACUCCAUUUGGAAACCCGAUCUGUUCUUUGCCAAUGAAAAGGGAGCCAAUUUCCACGAGGUUACUACUGACAACAAGCUUUUGAGGAUCUCCAAAAACGGGAAUGUUUUGUACAGUAUAAGAAUAACACUGAUUCUGGCCUGCCCCAUGGACCUGAAGAAUUUCCCUAUGGAUGUGCAGACCUGUAUAAUGCAGCUGGAGAGCUUUGGCUACACGAUGAACGAUCUUAUAUUCGAGUGGGAUGAGAAGGGAGCCGUGCAGGUAGCAGACGGACUGACUUUACCUCAGUUUAUAUUGAAGGAAGAGAAGGAUCUGCGCUACUGCACCAAGCACUACAACACAGGGAAGUUCACCUGCAUAGAGGCUCGUUUCCACCUGGAGAGACAGAUGGGCUAUUAUCUGAUCCAGAUGUACAUUCCCAGUCUCCUGAUCGUCAUUUUGUCUUGGGUGUCCUUCUGGAUCAACAUGGACGCUGCUCCUGCCCGUGUAGGUUUGGGCAUCACUACUGUGCUGACCAUGACCACCCAGAGCUCAGGAUCGAGAGCUUCUCUUCCUAAGGUCUCGUAUGUGAAAGCCAUUGACAUUUGGAUGGCAGUGUGCCUUCUCUUUGUCUUCUCUGCACUGCUGGAGUAUGCGGCGGUCAACUUCAUUGCACGCCAACACAAGGAGCUGCUGCGCUUCCAUAGGAGGAGAAGGCAUCUUAAGGAGGACGAAGCGGGAGACGGCCGAUUUAACUUCGCCGGCUAUGGCAUGGGUCCGGCGUGCCUCCAGGCCAAAGACGGCAUGGCCAUCAAGGGUAACAACAACAACGCGCCCACCUCCGCCAACCCCCCUGAGAAGACCGUGGACGAAAUGCGCAAGCUCUUCAUCAGCCGCGCCAAACGGAUCGACACGGUGUCGCGCGUUGCCUUUCCACUGGUCUUCCUCAUUUUUAACAUUUUUUACUGGAUCAUUUACAAGAUCGUACGCAGCGAGGAUGUUCACAAGCAGUAAAGAGAUGCGAAUACCCCCUCCCCACGUCCCACCACGCCGCCUUCCUCUCACUCGAGUCCCCAGCAGAGGUAUUUAUUCCUUUUUUUCAUCUCUUUCUCUCCCGUCCUCCUGAAUAAUCCGGACCUGUGCAAUAGCAAUGCAGUAAAAUGCAUGAUAUAUGAAUGUGGCAAUAUAUUUACUAAAAAAAUGAAAAUGACUCAAAGUAAAUAUUCAACUUAAGAACUUCUGAACUCAUGACUGGGAAUCCGAGAGGAAUACUUGUCAAACUUUUUUUGCAACUUGAAGACGUACUGCAUUGCGAGAAUACGGAAAAACGUUACUGCUGUAAUAUAUCAUAUAUUUAAAUGAUAAUACUUCAGCCAUUGAAAAUGAAACAUUUUCGGGCGUCUCCAGGCAGUUUGGGGCUUCCAUGAAUACACAAUGAAAAUGUGCUUUGGUACAUGUGUCCUGUGGUCUCAUGAUGUUUCAUUCUGAUAUCGAUUAUUAAUGGAUCUUGAUGAGUGCCGGUGAAAAAAUAUAUAUAUUUAUUCGAGCUGUGGUCAAUGUGUUCCUCUAUCUGUGCUCAUUUUCAGGUUUCUUAAUCUUUGUUUAAAACAUCAGAUUAUGUUCUACUCAUGUGCCAAACAUCACCAAAAAAUGACUCCACAAUUCCAUUGAUUUAUUCAUGCGUUCACCUUUUGAUAUAUAUAACCGAAAUAAACUAAAGCUAAAAUAUAUAGGGGUGUGAACAAUAACGAUAAAUAUAUGUAAAUAAAAUAUACUUUUAAAUCUUAGCAUAUUUUUUUGUUCUUAAUUUUUCCAUUUUCAUCAUGGGCAGAAAGAAAAGCGAAGGGAUCUUUCAUAAUUCAUAUUUCAUACAGUGUUAUUUUUCUAAGCGUGGUUUAGCAGUACAGCCAGUGCCAUGAUAAUAGAUCUAUAUUUCCAACCAAAUGUAUGUUACAGUGAUUUUUCAAUCUAUAUGUAAAAACACUGCAUUGUGCAGCAGAAUAAACAAUGCACAAAGGUUUAGUUUAUGAAAUUUAGGAUGCAUCUUCAUCUGGCUUCUCUAUGCAAUAACCGGAUAUGCAAUUAUUUUCAGUGUUCAUCUUGUUGAAUAUGGACAUUUUAUUCUGGAGGCCCCUCAAAAAAUGCUAUUUCGUACAUGUUCAAUUCUCUCUUACAGUCAUGCUCAUUUGCUGUCUAUGCAUGGCUAGGUUUUGUGGCGCAGAUGAUUUAGAUGUCAUUUGUUACUUUUGUAAUGUUUUGUUUGACUGCCGAACUGAAGAGAAACACCAUUAUAUAAAGUGAGCAUGUGUCAGGCUGUGUGAUCGAUGCUCUGUGCAGGAUAUGCAAGAUUUUGCCAUGCGUAACAUACUUUUUUGUGUUUAUGUGUAUGUGUUGUUUGUUUAAAACCAAAGAGCAGUUUUGUUACUCUAUUGUCAUUGCCUUUCAGGUUUUCAAAUGUUACCCUUUUUUUUUUUGUCUUCAUUUCAUCCAGUUUGAUGUGACAUUGUGGACAUUUACAGAUUUUGUACGACCUGUAACAUUUGUAAUUUAUUCAGUUUUUCAAACAUGUAUUUACCUACAAAUGUAUGUCUUUAUACAUCAACUAGUCAGUCAUUUUGUGACAGUAAAAUAACAAGAAACACAAACUUUAAUUUAGAUCUAAAUAAUGGUAUAAUGUUUUGUUGCACAUGUAUAAUUUUGGUCAACAGUGAAGCUUGAAGUAAAUAGUUUAUUGAUGGAAACAUUUUAUUUAAUAUUAAAUAUAUAUAUAUAUAUAUAUAAUUUAAAAAUGUAUAAAAAAAUUUUUUUAUCAAUUUAAUUUAAAUUUCAUCAAAAUGACCAUGCACCAUGUUAAAUUUGAAGGGCUAUUUUUGAUUAUUAAUGUCAAAUCUUCUCCCUCAAAUGAAUUGGCUUUUAUUUACAGUGCUGUAAAAAACUGGUUUACACCUCACCGAUGAAGACACUGGAUUUUACACGAUAUAUUAGAGCUCGCUGUACGAUACAUUAAGCAGAAGCUGAAUUGUGCUCGAGCAGGAAGAACAUUGUAAUGUGAAACGCUAUCCACACGCUUACCUCCACGGGCAGCACAAUGUAGCAAGAGCACAUUUCACACAUCAUUCGGAUGUUCACACACGAUCAGUUGUGCUGAAAGGAGCGUUCACGAGCGGAUUUGUGACAUUACAAACAAUAUGAAUCAUCCUUAUUUCAACUAGUCGCCAAACGAGUCAUUCUUCCAGCAGCUAACACUUCAUCUGUGAGACUGAUAGAGGCACACGAUGUAUAAUAUACAUCACAGUGUGGAAAGUGAUCGAGUUGCUUAUACAUUUGAUGUGCUCAUUCUCGAAACUCAAAUAUGUAGUCAAAAACACACUUAGAGAACAUUUGUAGAAGUAUGUUCAGCUUCAUGUCGCUGUUAAUGACCGAUUUCUUAAGGCUAUUCACGAUGACCGUGUGUAAAUGACAGCAGUGAUGCCCCGGGCCUUUACACACACCACAUGCUAAACGCAAUAUACAAGACAACGUAUAACUAAUAAUUACACUGGCUCGGGAACAUAAAGACAGUGUGAUGUGAAACGUGCUAUAUGCAAAUACGAUUUGUUCUUUGGCUAAAUAAUCAUGAAAAUAUCAAUUUAUUGUUUUUUAAUUGGAGGCAUGAUUAUUUAUUUUUUUUAGCAUUCAUUUAUUCUUUUAUUUUGAUUAAUGCCACAUUGGAAAUGUUGAUCUCUGAGUGACGAUGGACAUGGCGAUCAUAUGUAACUUGUACGCAAAACUGUGGGUAAAAUUUUAUUUUUGCACAAGUUGGUAUGGCCUUAAUUUUUGGGAAGUUUAUUUGCUUCUAUUUAUUGUGUAUUGGCACAAAGUGCAUCUCUUCAUUUGCUUCUUGUCAUAAUCCGAGCGCACUUCCAAGCAGUGAAAAGAACAGCAAAUUCUUAUUUUUAUGUUCCAAUACUAAAACAUGGAAUUUUGCAUGAAUCAAAUUUAAAUGGCAGAUAUUUUUUGGCUUGUACAGAAAUGUGAGCAAUUUGAAGAAAAAAAAGGAAUGUACCAUUUCUGCUAUAUCUGUAUAUAACACGAUAUUUAUUGAAAUAUGUCAUAAUGCUAAAUCGAAUUCUACUAUUAAAGGUUUUCUGAACUAAAA